AUGAAUCAUCCUCUUUAUUUCUUAGCCGGUAGUUUUGUUGAAGGACAAGGUUAUGCUAAACAAUUUGCACCAAAUUUAGAUAAAUUACAAGAUGUGGAUUUAAUGCAUGUGGUUGGGGAAAUUGAUUCCAAUAAUGAAUUGAUACCAAUCGAUGCAAAUGUUCCUGGUUAUAUUUAUGUUCGGUGGAAUGGAGCAAAACUAGCAUCAUUACCUUACACAUUUAACGAUAAACAGCAAUGUCGUUUAAUUAAUGGUUUUGUUAUGAAACAAGUACAUGUCAAUUCAU